AUUUACCCUGCACUCUUAUACCGUCAUAAAUGGUACAGCAUAAAUGUAGCAUGAAUUUUUUUAUUUUAUUUUUUUUUUGAAUAUUUACUAGUUAAAGAUAAGGGAGCUGAACAUGUUAUAUGUCAUAAACGCGCUAAUUUCCCCCGUAUUAUCUCCCUCCUCUCGCCGCUUCACUCCAGUCCAGUCGGUGGCGCUAAAACACAUACGUUUGUUUGCCAAACACCAUUAAACCUCGGAGGAAGAAGUUUAGUUUUCACUGUAGAAAUGUAUUUGUAGUGUACAAAAAGAUUUUGAAUCCGGUCAAAAAUACCUGUAUUCUUAUCCUCAUCCUCACAGUCGGGAACAAGCAGGAAUAUCUGGAGGAGUAUCAUCUGAACUGAGAUCUGCUGCUGUGAAGAUGGUGUUUGUUAAAGAGGAGAGUGAGGAGAACACGAGUGAACCAGAACCCUGCAGAAUAAAACACGAGGAACCAGAACCCUGGAGAAUAAAACACGAGGAACCAGAACCCUGGAGAAUAACACACGAGGAACAAGGAGGCCUGAUGAAAGUGAAAGAGGAAAGACAAUAUCUGAACGAAGUGGAGAAGCAUCAAGAUCAGAAAGCUCAUAAUGUCACUGCUGGAGAAAAACCAGUGAGUUGCUCCAAAACUGAAAAUGGCAACAUUCAAAUACCAGAAGUCAAAAAGCCUUUCAGCUGCUCUCCGUGUGGAAAGACUUUCAAACAGAAAAGAAGCCUUAUGUACCACACGUUAGUUCAUGCUGGAAUAAAGCCUUUCACCUGUUCUGAGUGUAGAAAGAGUUUUACACACAAAAAACAACUUAAUGAGCAUGUACGUAUUCACUCUUCUGUAAAGCCUUUCAGCUGCUCUCAGUGUGGAAACACUUUCACGCGUAAAGCAAGCCUUAAAAACCACAUGAUAAUUCAUACUGGGAAAAUGCCAUUCAGCUGCUCUCAAUGUGGAAACGCUUUCAAACAGAAAAGAAGCCUUAUGCACCACAUGUUAAUUCAUGCUGGAAUAAAGCCUUUCAGCUGCUCUCAGUGUGGAAGGAGUUUUACACACAAAAAACAACUCAAUGAGCAUGUGCGUAUUCACUCUUCAGAAAAGCCUUUCACCUGCUCUCAGUGUGGAAACACUUUUACGCGUAAAGCAAGCCUUAAUAAUCACAUGAUAAUUCAUACUGGGAAAAAGCCUUUCAGCUGCUCUCGGUGUGGAAACACUUUUACACGUAAAGGAAGCCUGAAGAAUCACAUGUUUAUUCACAAUGGAAUAAAGCCUUUCGUCUGCUCUCAGUGUGGAAAGAGUUUUAUUCAGAAAGGACACCUUAAGGUUCAUUUGAUAACUCACUCUUCAGAAAAGCCUUUGACCUGCUCUGAGUGUGGAAACACUUUCAAACGUAAAGAAUGCCUUAAGAGUCACGUGUUAAUUCAUGCUGGGAAAAAGCCUUUUACUUGCUCUCAAUGUGGAAUCAGCUUCACUUGUAAACAAGGAUUUAAUAUUCACAUGAGAAUUCACACUGAAGCAAAGUCUUCUGUGUGAAAAGAGUUGGAAAGCUGGUCUCAGAGCUCAUCUUCAUCGCUUUCACUGUGCCGUAAGGACAUUGAACUGAUCUGGAAGGAGAUUUCUAAGGGUUGACUCUUUAAAAAGGCACCAGAAAAUAAUUCUUAAGAGAGUGUAAACUCUCUUUGUGCUGUGAGUAUGAGAAGAGCUUUGAUAAAGAAAAUAUGGCAGCAACUGUGACUGAAAUACGGUGAAGCAACAUUUAGAUCCAUAUUUAAAAGUACAUUUUCUCUCAUAAUCCUGACUUUGUCCCUGAGGUAAACGGACAUUAAGUUGAUUCUGACUCCUUUUUAGACCUCAGGUGCAAGGUGGAGAAAGUGGACAAUAACAAGUCUAUUUGUGUUAUUCAUUUUUGUUUUGCCAAUUUUCUCCUUCAUAACGGUGUUGUUCAUGAGAUUUUGUCCAUUUUGAGGCAUUUAAGGAAUUCAUUUGUUUUGGGUGUAUUUACAUGAUGCAAUUUUCAAUUAAGUAUUGAAAACUUUUUGAAUAGAAAACUAAAUGAAUAGAAAUUUUACUAUUAAUUUAGAGUUCAUUUUCAGUUUUUCCCAGUCACUUUGGCUUAAUUCUUGAAUUAUAAUUUUUAUAAUUCAGCUCUCUUUGAACAGUUUUGUUGUUCACACCAAAUUAGAAUUUCUUAUUAGUUUAAGCAAAUUGCAUCACUAUAUAUGACUUACAUGAAAGAAAUGUGUAGAAGUAAUUUUCUUUUUACAUGUAAUGCAUUUCUACACAAAUGCACUAUGUAUGUAUGUAUGACAUGUGCAUAUUUAUUCUCUGUGUACUACUCCCAGUAAGCUUUUACCUUCUGUUGUAAUCUUCCAGCCACCACAACCAUGUGAUGUUCAAAUGGGUUUCAUCUGGGUUAUUUUACUGGGGCCCAGCCAGUUUUGACCAGUUUCCAUGUAGGCUCCACAUGGGUUUAUUCAAUUUAAGUUUAUUUGUAUAGCACUUUUCAUGAUACAAAUCUUUGCAAAGCAACUUUACAGAAAAUGUUAUUUUCUACAAUAUAUUUAGUAGUAGCUUAUUAGUGGAGACUCUCAAAUUGAUGCCCAUAUGGCAGAAAUGUAGAGUAAAGAUCAUGCAGUUAGUUAAUGACGUAAACAAACAGAUGGGGAACACUGUUAACAGCAAUGAUUAUAUGGUAUUAUAUUUGGUUGUUUUGUUUGUUGCUUCAGGGUUGGCAUCAUCUGAGGUCCUCUGAGGGGUUAGCAUUAUCUCUUGUCAGGUGUUCGGUCAUCUCAGAUCUUCGUCAGGGUUGAAUCCAGACUGAAGCUUCUGUAAUUCCUAGUUACCUCAGGAUGACAAUCCCGUUGCAGAAACAGAGAAACAAAUAGAGACAAAAAUAGUGUAGCUGCUGUUCAACCCAAGCAAAAUAAUGAUUAUGUGCAUUUGAUCAGAUAUAACUAAAGUACAAGAUUAUGAGAUACAUUAUGUGAAUGUUUGGCUGAAGAGAUGUGCCUUUAAUCUAGAUUUAAACAGAGAGAGUGUUUCUGAACCCAGAACAUUAUCAGGAAGGCUAUUCCAGAGUUUGGGAGCCAAAUGCGAAAAAGCUCUACUAAAGGAGGUAGACUUUGCUGUCCUAGGAACUACCAAGAGUCCAGGGUUUUGCAACCUUAGGGAGCGGGAUGGAUAGUUGCGUGGUAGAAGACUAGUUAGGUAUGCAGGAGCUAAACCAUUAAGGGCCUUAAAGGUAGUAAUAUUUUGUAACUGAUACGUAAUUUAAUAGGGAGCCAGUGCAAAGACUGUAAAAUGUGGGUAAUAUGUUCAUAUUUUCUUGACCUGGUAAGGACUCUAGCAGCUGCAUUUUGGACUAAAUAUAGCUUGUUUAUUGAAGAUGCAGGACAACCACCUAGCAGUGCAUUACAGUAGUCCAGUCUAGAAGUCAUGAAUGCAUGAACUAGCU